AUGGCUGCGAUCGAGUUGAAUGGUCUUCCCCUUGACGAGUCCCAGAAGACUUACGGGCUCGACAAGCACGAUUCGUGUUACGAAGGUGUUGAAGUCUUCCAAGCUAACGCUUUUCAAGUUUACAGAUGCCCCGGAUACUCCAUACCAGGGAGCGAGAAGAAAAAACGAUGCAAGGCUUUCAUCUGGUUCGAGCACGAAGGCAUCUUGCGUCCGCUCAUCCCCACAGCUCUUCGUCCCCGACGAUGGCUGGGUAACAAGCGUUCCGAGAAACAGUCGACACUUGAUGGAUGGCUAACUAAGACUGGGAAGAGUGCCCAGAGGCUGCGUGGAAAGGAUUAUAACAAACCCGAUGGUAUCGGAGGGCAUCUCGCAGGGACCGGAGCCCAUGUGGCGGCGCGGGAUGGAUAUCCCGCAGCCGGUGGCAGCUCAGCCCAGAUAGAGUCUGCCUCGUCUAGAGACGAGCAAUCGAAAGAUUCCUCCCAUAUUCCUCGCCUUUGA